AUGUCCAAGGCCACCGUCGCUGCAAUCGCAGCUGCCAGUGCCGCAACGGGCGCAGGAUUCACAGCCCUCUUCUACUCGCGCUCAAGCCCCCAGCAGCAGAAGCCCGCUACACCCGCUACAAGCGCACCUCUGCCACCCCCAGCAGCGCCGGUCACCGUCCCAGUUCCCUCUCAACCCGCUCCUCCCUCCCUCGCCAGCAAAACCACAACACCCACCGGCCCCGUCGACCCAGCCGGAAUCUAUCAAUAUGGCUUCCCCGGCCCAGUCGCCGACCCAAUCCACUCGCUCCCCCUAGCAGGCGCGUACGACCGCCGCACCCGCAACCCAUCCUGGGUCGCCGAGCACAUCACGCCCGCGUCUCUGGCCAUGAAGAAUGCCGACCGCAAGCACAGCACGUUCUUCGAGGACGCCACGAUCCCGCCGCUCUUCCGCGCGAAGCUCGCGGACUAUUUCCGCUCCGGCUAUGACCGCGGCCACCAGGUUCCCGCGGCGGACGCGAAGUGGUCGCAGGAGGCGAUGGAUGGGACGUUCGCGUUGACGAACAUGUGUCCGCAGGUUGGCGAGGGUUUCAACAGGGACUACUGGGCGCAUUUCGAGGAUUUCUGCCGCGACUUGACGAAGAGGUACCCCAGUGUCCGGAUCGUUACGGGGCCGCUGUAUCUGCCGCAUCGGGAUCCGGAUGGAAAGUGGAGGGUGAACUAUGAGGUUAUCGGGACGCCGCCGAAUGUUGCUGUGCCGACGCACUUCUACAAGGUUGUUUAUGCGGAGGAGGGCCCUGGUGUGCCGAGUGGGAAGGUUGCGCUGGGGGCGUUUGUGCUGCCCAAUGCGCGGAUCUCGAAUGAUAAGCGCCUGGCUGAGUUCGAGGUGCCUCUUGAGGCGGUUGAGCGGGCGAGUGGAUUGGAGUUUGCGAGCAAGCUGGACCCCGGGAGGAGAAAGAGGCUUUGCCAGGAGGUCAGGUGUGAUAUUGUGGUGAGGGAGUUCAACAAUGCGAAGAAGAAGGCUUAG